AUGGUAAGAUCGAGGAGCAUGAAGUGGUUUCAGAAAAAUACGGAAGAUGCCGCUCCACGGUUGCUUAGUCUCUCGCCGAUUCGAAACUACGAUUCGGGAGAUCCCGAUUAUUCAGCCGAGAGAUAUUACCAUUUACCACCCGGUCCUAGAAGGUCUAGAUUAGAUGCCUCUCCAUUAAGGUUAGAGAGGUCUGAGUAUAAUCGAGACGUAAAUUGUUACAAUGUCCGAAACCGAACUAUUGUGAUGCAAAGUGCACGUAACAAGCAGACCAAAGAAAAACGAAAUCCCCUGUUAGACCAAGUUAAACAUACAGGUCUUACACAUUUCAAACCGAAUACAACGAUUAAAAACUAUCAUGAGGACAAUAUUUGCACAACUGGCGUUCGUCGUGAUGGUGUCGAUGUUGUUGAUGACGACGACGAUGAUGAUAAUUCAACAAUAUCUGGUAGAUUGAAGGCUAUUUCAGACAGAUAUUUAAAAUCAUCUACGCAUAGAUUUUUAGCCAAAUUUUAUAAAAACUCUUCUACCAAAACCAAUAAAUCAACCGAAACCGAAGAACCGAAUUUAGGCGAAAACAAAAUAAAUAAGGUCAAGUUGAGAAGUUUUUCUUACGGUGCGUUACCCGGCUUGGAUGAAUUUCGGAAGAGAAUAGCCGAAACUGCGGCAGAAAAAACAACCUGUACACCGGAAGACGAUGACAGUGGCAUACUACUAAAUGAUCCACCGAUCGAUAUUGAUCGAAGCACAGAAAAUGGCACUCAAGAUUACUGUUUUAGGAGCGCUUCUCAGUAUGGCAUAAAGCGACAUUAUGCAUUUAGUUUACUGCCUGAUAACAAUAAUCAAUCAUCGAACACACUACAACCGAGAGCCAAUAAAAAUAAGGAAUACCGAGUGGUCCAAUUGAAUAGGGAUAAUCCAGAACAGGUUCUAGGUGUUCGGAUUAAAGAAAUACGGUCGGAGAACAGUUUCGGCUAUGUGGUUGUCAAUAUUGUGUCUGGAGGAGUAGCUGAUCGGACCAGUGAUCUGGAAGUUGGCGACCAGAUAGUGAAUGUCAACGGACGCCGUCUGGCCGGAUUGGACGCGGCCGAUGCAAACCGUUUGCUUAACGACGGAUGCAGCACGGUACACCUUCUGGUUACAAGACGUGACCCUGAGAACCAGACCGCGGACGCUGCCGAUCGACCGCGAGCGAGGAUGCCCGAGACAUCUGUGGACUACGACCACAGCGGUGGUAGCUGCCCGGCGCCGCCCAUCCAAAAGUACAACAAGAAUGGACAAACGUUGGUGUAUAUAACACCACCGCCGCGCCCGCGGUCAGCCGUCAAGAGCAAUACCAACGUGUCCACUGUGUACCUUAAGGGUGGCGACCGUGGUGGCUUCAGUGGUGACAGUUAUGGUGGUGUCAGUGGCGAUGGCGGUCGUGCUGAGUUCGCUGGUACGGAUUGCACGACGUUUUGUACGUUGCCGCGGCGGCCGAGGUCGACGGUGUGCACGUUUCACACCUUCGUGCUCGAAAAGGGUCCGGGCAAAAAAGGUUUGGGAUUCACGAUUGUCGGAGGCAAAGAUUCACCGAAAGGGGCCAUGGGCAUAUUCAUCAAAAGCAUUUUGGACAAUGGUCAGGCUGCGGAGGACGGAAGAUUAAAACCUGGAGACGAAAUACUAGCAGUCAAUGGAAAUGUUUGUCACGACUUGACUCAUUCAGAAGCUAUAACACUAUUUAAGUCGUUUAAAAGCGGUUCUAUUGCUCUACAUAUUUGUCGUAGAUCUAAAGCGUCAAAUAGUACUACCAAAGCCAAGUCAUGUACGAAUCUAUUGAACGAUGACAACGCAGGAUCGGAUUAA